AUUUAAUGAUCAUGCUCAUUCAAGGAAUCCUUUAGAAUCUUCUUCAGAUUCAAAUAUCAAAGAUGAAGACAUUGAAAAGGCAAUAGAUGCUAAUAUGUACACAUGUACUGAUGAAACAGAAACAGAAGUUGAAUUUGUAGCAGAUCUUGGAUUACGUGAUAGACCAGAUAAAGAUUUCAAAUUUGUACCCCUCCAGAAUAAUGACAAACAGAACAUUUGUUCAAAACUGAAUAUCAGAUAUAUAGGCAAAGGCUGUGAUUCAAGGUUAGAUAGAAAUAGCUCUAUUGGAGUUCCUUUACAGAGUAAACAAAUUACUGGUGAUGGCAAUUGUUUCUUUCGUGCAAUUUCCUAUGUAAUUUCUGGAACUGAGCGUAAUCAUGCAAUUUUAAGAAAUGCCACUGUGAAACAUUUAUUGCAAACUAAGGACAUGUUUAGUAAUACAUUGAGGCAAGAAUAUAGAACAGUCAGAGAAUAUGUUUUGAAACGUAGAAUAAAGGAAGACGGAACGUGGGCUACAGACACUGAAAUUAGCGCUUUAGCAAAUUUAAUCGAUACUGAUAUUUAUUCAUACAAUGACCAAGUACCAUGUUGGCAAUUGUACUCUGCAAAGAAACCUGGAAGAAUCAAUAUUGUUACAUCUGAUAAGGGAAUUUAUAUACUGUACACAGGAAAUGUUCAUUUUAAUGUUGUUGAAUCUGUAGAUUUUGUCAAUUUCAAUUCAUUAGAACAGACAAGAACAACUAAAGAAGAUAGAACGUCAAAGAGAAAUUUGCCAUGUCCAUCAAUUCAGGCUGAUGUUAAAGUAAAGCAUGUGUUCAAGAAGUGUAGAUCACAGUGUCAGAUAGAGGAAGAAAUUGAUGAAGUAGUGGAUAAGUCUCCUGAAACAUUUCAAAACCAUGUUGAUCCAAAGGAAAAAAACCGUAGGCUCACGUUGGAAACUGGUACGAUAAAUCACGAUGAGAGAAAAGGUACUGCAAAUCUUUUUGACAUGACAUAUGAACAGUGUGCAAGUAAUCAGUCUGAAUCAGUCGUUCACAACGAACGUAACACCAAGGAUGAAACCCUUGAAAGUGAUCACAAAGACAAAUGCACGAGAGUCGAUACACAAAUAACGCUUGUUGCCCAAGGGACAUUCAAUCAAGGUGAUACAAGAUUUGGUGACUUAAGUGGAAAGCAGUGUGUUACCAAUUCACUAUCUGCACUGUUGUAUAGCAAGAUAAAAAAUGCCAAUGAUUGGAAAAGUACAGAUCUAGACAGGAUUUUGAAUAACGGUAAUGAAUUAUACUGUUACAUACGGCGAUCCACUUCACUCGACAACCAAUACUUAUUGAUAUCUGAUCUAUUUGAAUAUUUGGAUGCGUACAAUGAAUUGUUUAACAUAGUAUGCCGUGAACCAGUCACUGGAUUGUUAGAUGGAGAUGAAUUGAUAUUGGCCCAGUCUCUUUCGAUGACAUUGAAGCAAGCAAUUGAAAAAGAACUCUGUACUGAUUCUGAUGCAUGUUUUGUGACAUUUGCUAGAAGUACUUUCAUUGUAUUAUCUGGUCAAGAUGGUUUUUUUAUAUUUGAUUCACAUUCCAGAAGCAGUCGAGGUUUCCUGAUUUGUAACGGACACAGUGUUGUACUUCGUACUCAAAGCUGGCAAGAUGACUGCAAAGCGCAACAUUGCAAAGCUCAUUUCUACAACCCUAGUCACCAAUGACAGUGCACCACCAUAUCCCUUUGCUCACCAGUUCAAACAAACUACCGCCCUCGAGUCAGAAGGCUGUCCUCAUCAUCCAACACACAGCGGUAACAUCACCCAAGGACUUGAGCCCUCCGGUGAUACCUGGUUCAGCGAAGACUAGGCCUUGGGGAGUGUUUACGGCUCUGUCAUAACAGCAUUGUGGCAGAAGUAGCCUCGAUCUCGACCAAGACAUUUUGAAUGCCACUCUGUAUGGCUCAGCAUCCUUUUUUUUCUUUAUUCAUACUAACGUGUGUUCAUGUCCAUUUUUCCACCUAUGAUUCUUACAUUUAUUUUCUGAUACCAUGUUUCUGCGUGAUUUUAGUCUUAUUUUUACUGGUAUGACAAUGUAAACAUAUACCUUUGUUCCACACAAGAUAUUUUGGGAUUUUGUGUGCACUUCCAUGUAACUACAUGUAUUUUUAUAUGAUAGUUUUUGUUUCUGAUUGUUCAAUUCCUUUUACGCUCUCAUUCCUUUAUAGUUGUAUCUUAUUUGAGACAGAGGAAGAGAGAGGGUGAAUAGUAGAGAGAGAGAGAGAGGGGGGGGGGGGGGGGGAUGCAGAAACAAAGCGCCAUUCAUGAUGUAUUUUAUUACAUUUGUGUUUUAACUUUGCACAUACAUUGCAAGAUUUCGGGGAUUUAACACGUUUAUUUUUCUGUAAGUUUGUAAAUCCUUGUAUUCACACAGUGUUUUGAGUGAUAUAUUGUAAAGAUAGAUCUUAUGCAUGCUCCUUGGGAAAAAAAGUUAUACAUGCUUGUCACUCUUCUUAUCUUGGCAUUACCGUAAUUCUUAUAUUGGUUGAUGUUGCUGAUAAUACAUGAAACAGAAUCUGAUGGAUAUCAUUGAUAACAGUUACUGUUUGUCUUCUUUUUAACAUCAGGAUAACAGAUCUUAUUAGUACAGCGAAAGACAAUUCACUGUAAUUUGUUAUAUUUUCAUAUAUUACACGAUUAUGAUUUUCAAUGGCACAUGUUUGUACACUACAAUUUUAUGUCAUUAGAGGUCACAUAUCCAGUUUGUUUCGUGAAUAGUCAAUAUUGGAUUAUGAAUAUAAUGUCAGUUUAUUUGCAACAUUUACCCCAUAUAUAGUGGUACCUUACGAUCAACUGUCAAUAUCUACUGCAUUCACUAUACAUAGCAGUGUCUUGCUUGCUGUAACAAAGAGGUAUAUAAGGCUGUUAGGGAUUAUCCAUAAUGUACAUUGUUUUUUAGUUUUAUUGUUAUUGUGUUUAUCUGAACUUAUAUCUCACUUCCUAUGUAGGGGGCCUUUCAUAUAAUCAGUAGGUAUCUUGUUUAUGUACCUGUUUUAUAUAUGUAUUCCAUUUCUGUUGAAUAUAGAUACAUGUUAAAAUGCCCUUUUCAGAGAUUUGUACAAUGCUGCUCUUUUCAGUAUGUGCUUUUAUUUUGGUAUAUCAAAUUUAAUUGGAUAUGCUGUUUU